GAGUCAUGAAGUCAUGGUGAGGGGAGGAGGGUGUGAGCUAAGGAGGCGGUAAGAGAAGCAGACUUUGCCUCAAAAGUUCACAGCCCAUUCCACCUAAACAUUCCUGGGACAAAUCUCUGCGUCACCUCAUCAUCCAAGAAAAAUCAACAUGGCUAUGGUUUCAGAGUUUCUGGGACAGCUGUCUCUCAAUGUUGCGCAGGAACCCCUGUACCCCACUGUGGUACCUGCUCGGGACUUUGACCCCGACAGAGAUGCUGCCAGAAUAGAGACUGCAAUCAAAACCAAAGGAGUGGAUGAGCAGACGAUCAUUGAUGUCCUUAUGAAGAGAACCUACUCUCAAAGGAGAGAAAUUGCUUUUGCUUAUGAAAGAAGGGCAAAAAAGGACAUGAUUACAGCUCUGAAAGCAGCAUUGUCUGGAUCACUGGAAACUGUCGUCCUUGGACUGAUGAAGAGCACAUCCCAGUAUGAUGCAUCAGAGAUCAGAGGGUCAAUCAAGGGUUUAGGAACAGAUGAGGAAACUCUGAUUGAGAUCUUGUGCUCACGCAGCAAUGACGAGCUGGUGGAAAUCAAGAGAGUCUACAAUGAGCAAUUCAAGAAAGACUUGGCGAAAGAUGUUGCUGGUGAUACUUCUGGAAACUUUGCUAAGCUGCUUUUGGCUCUAGUGGAGACCAAGAGAGCCGAACCCAGCACUGUAGUAGACUAUGAAAAGAUAGAUGCAGAUGCCAGAGCCCUUUACGAUGCUGGAGUGAAGAUAAAAGGAACUGAUGUGAACACCUGGAUCUCCAUUAUGUCUCAGAGGAGCGUCCCCCACCUGCGAAAAGUUUUUGACAAGUACAAGAGUUACAGCCCCUACGACAUGCAGGAGAGUAUUGUGAAGGAAGUUAAAGGGGACUUGCAGAAGUCAUUCCUCGUGCUAGUUCAGUGCUUUGAAAACAAGCAGCUUUACUUUGCUAAAAAGCUCAAUGAAGCCAUGAAGAGUAAAGGAGCCAAAGAGAAGAUUGUGACCAGGAUUAUUGUGUCUCGCUGUGAGGUGGACCUGAAAAAGAUCUGUUCUGAGUACAAGCAGAACUUUGGGCAGUCCCUGCAGCAGACAAUCACUGAACAUACCAAAGGAGACUACCAGAAGGCACUCCUUUGCCUCUGCGGACCGGAGCAGUAAAAAUAAUCUCUUGAUGUCCAAAUGGUUGGAAAUAUGGAAAAUAUGGGCCUACAACUACGCAUUACUGCACAAACUUAGAAGUACUGGAUUAAAGAAGAAAAUAAAUGUGGCCUUAGAACUUAAAAAUGUGUUAUUUAUGAUUGUUAUAUCGGAUCAUUAAUAAAGUUUCUUUUCUGGA